GUGGCCGCGAGCGGGUCGCCAUGUCUGCCAUCUUCAACUUUCAGAGUCUACUGACUGUAAUCUUGCUGCUCAUAUGUACCUGUGCCUAUAUCAGAUCCUUGGCUCCCAGCUUACUGGACAAAAAUAAAACUGGACUAUUGGGAAUAUUCUGGAAAUGCGCCAGGAUUGGUGAACGGAAGAGCCCCUACGUGGCUGUGUGCUGUGUCGUGAUGGCCUUCAGCAUUCUGUUUGUACAGUAGCAACUGAAGAGUGUCCCCUACGCCCUACUACCAAACAGCAGAGCAUGGAAGAACUUCUGGCAGGAAAAGACGGGAAAGUGUCAUCAAGUCUCCUCUCGCACAUUGGAUAGCCUGUCUCUUAGUGGACACCCCACACCCCCCCCCAACAGACCAUCAUGUACAGUAUUAGUGAUCAUAAUGUAACAAACUCCAGAUGACAUGUACUUACUAAUGUCAAGUCAGUACUGGCACUCCUGAUGUAACUCUUGAAAGGGUGUCUGUUGUAUAUCUGAGUUUCAGGGUUGCUUUUUUUACAGCAUGCAGUUGAAAAGGCGCUUAAUUUUUUGUUUGAUAGAUAUAUUUAAUGAAACUUAAAAAUGAUAAAUCUAGCAAUAGCAAUAAGACCGCUCUUACAAGAAUAAAGAACAUUGUGAUUCUAGGAUAUGUUUAUGAAAGUAUUUUCAGUUCUUACUGUCUGAACAAUUCCUGUCAUUUUGUGAUAGCUAUACUCGCAUACUAAAAAUAUGACCUCUGGCCUAAGUUACAUUCAGCUUUUGUUUUCUAAACUUGUAAUUCCUCAGAUAAUCUAUCAAUAUUUUUAUUGUUAAGAUAAGAGAUGAAUAAAGGCAGGGACCAUAAUUGUGUACAAGGUCAAAAUAUGCAAAGAAUGAUCUGUUAACUUCCUA